AUGGCGACAAGCGGGGGCACCGAGGCCGUCAUCGACCCCGACAUGGUGGCCUUGUUCGACGAGUUCCUGGGGGACCCAGAGGCGGCGGUGACGUUCGGCUCCCCGCGGGGGGCCCGGCCGUACCAGUACGUGCUGCGGGACACGGAGCAGCAGGGGCUGUGCCUGCGCCACGACCGCCUGGUGGCCACCAGCCUGCAGGGGGCCAAUGCCAGCCAGGAAGAGCCCAUCAGCGUUGUCCCCAACCGGCACCUGGAGCGCCAGCGCUGUCCCCUCCUCGUGGGCAUCCGCGGUGGCAGCCGGGCACUGUCCUGUGGCACCGGGCCCGAGCCACAGCUGCACCUGGAG